AUGCACCUCUCAUUGCCUCUGCUUCAAGGGCUGCUGAUCGCCGGAGCCGCUGCAACGCGUCAAAGGAUACAACGGCAAGGCAGCGAGGAUGGCCGGGAAGGCCCAGUUGAACCCGACACGGCCGCGGACUGCACCUUCUUUGACACCGCUCGGAGUGCGUCGGACAACUGCGCGCACUUUGCGUCGUUUUGGGGUAUCUCGGAACAAGACUUUAUCCAAUGGAACCCGAGUGUAAAGUCCGACUGCAGCGGCAUCAAGGUUGGCAACUCGUAUUGCAUCGAAGUCAACUACGGCAUCCCGCCCACACCAACAACCACAGCCGCACCCAGCAGCACGGCGGCCCCCAAGCCGACCCAAACCCAGUACGGGCUGAUCGACUCAUGCACCGAGUUCUACGAGGCCAAGUCCGGAGAUAUUUGCGUCAGCAUCGCAAGUUCCUUUGGAACCUUUACCUGGCCCGACUUUCUCCUGUGGAACCCGGCGGUCGGAGAUGACUGCAGCAGAUUGUAUGCUGGGUGGUACUACUGUGUCGAUGCCCCCGAGAGGGCGCCCACUCCCACCAGCGUGAUGCCAGUCGAGACGUGCAACCCGACGGCGCCGACGCCGACCCAGCCCGGGCCCAUCUGCGGCUGCACUAAGUGGUACCAGGUUGAGGAAGGAGACACUUGCUCUGUGAUUAUUAAUAAGUUUGACCUCGGUGAGAACUUUUACAAGUGGAACUCGAAUUUUGGAAGCCAGUGCGAGUACCUGUACCUUGGGUAUUAUGUCUGCAUUGGUGUCGAAUAG